AUGUGGCCUAAAUCCUCUCUUGGUGUGUUUUUCAUUGAACUGGACAGUCAGCUGAAAGAGCCGGAGCAGAUCUGCCUCAGCAAUGUCCGAUGGGAGACCCUCCUGCAAGCCCUCUCGGUCACCAGGAACAGCGAGGCAUGGCUUUCGCCCGAGCAACACGAAUGCCCCGAUCAUGUUAUGAGUAUCGCCCUGGGGCAUAUCUCGCCUACCCGACUCCCUUCGAGCCUCUGGCUAAAACGAAACCCCGAAACCCCGCAACACAAAGACUGGAAAAUCGAUGCUAUCCUCAAGUGCUGUCUCGUUGAUUUCAAUCUGGAUGCUGAGAGACGAAGCUUCGGGAGCGAGCUGCACCCCAUGCCUCUGCGCCUACAGCAUUGUCGUCCGCUCGCCUAUAAAAGAGGCCCGUCUGUCUACGCUGGGUUUCGGCACAACAAGAAAUUAAAAUACAUCAACUCGGUAAUUGACGAUGCCAUCUACUAUGAUGAUGUCAGCUGGAGUUUUAAGCUCGUGAUACGCUAUUCAUCCGCGGAAUGGCUCAAAUGGAACUUGAGAGACUGUUUAGUCCAGAUGAGUACUGACGCCCCUUCCCUCUCUUCCUGUACUCGUACACUUGCUAAUAAACACUCUGAUUCAAUAGGAGUAAUUCAACAUGUACGCCAAGGGCGUCACGAGCACGAUCUCGACACAUUCGGAAUGGUCACCAGCGGGGAUAUUGUUCAAUUCCACAAACUCAAUGAGGCGUUGGAGGUUCAGUCGUCUCCCGUCCUGCUUCUGACCGAGGAGAAGGAUAUCCCUAUUAUAUGGUCAUACCUUCGAUACAUUUUUGCAGAAGUCCAAAUUGGCGCGUUACCACCAGCCCGACUGGAACUGUCCGACCCCAAGUUCAACGAUAUCCCGCCAGUCUACGCGAUGGAGAAAGAGGUUCUGUCUAUAUCUGAGAGAAGCAAGGCUCAGGGUAUAGACAAGGAGAGGCUGCACAGGCAGUGGAGGAUUGUGUCCGAGUCGGCUGAUGCGGAGACUGACGCUCCGAUCGACAGGCGAGCGCGUACAAACGAUAAAGUCGGGUCUGCGAAACAGCUCCGUGACUAUGAGACGAACAAAGCGCUACCGACCAAGGCUCAUGAGCCUGAGAGCCCUGUUGAUUACGAUCACCAAGAUGAGGUCGGGUCUUCGAUACAGCUCCGUGACUAUGAGAAGAAAAAAGCUCGACAGGCUAAGGCUUGUAAGCCUGAGACCACUGUCGACUACGAUUGCCAAGCUCUUUUCGAGUUGAAUAGCGAGUUCGAUGAAACUUUGGUUUUUGUUGACAAUGAGAGUGAGCUAGAUAUCUAA